UCAAUUAUCAAACAAUUCUUUAAAAAAUACAGACACUAUAAGAUUUAUAAUAUUUUCUUUCUAUUUGAACUAAAAAUGGGAUCAGAGCUUCAAGGAGAUGAUUGGGAGCUUGCGUGUUCAGAAGAUGAAUUAUCGAAAAGCGGAGUUUUUAUCGGCAAAAAUUGGAUGCCAGAUCCAAAUGAAUUAGAAGAACUUUAUAAAUCUAUCGAAAAGUCUGGUACACUAACUCUUGAGUGGAAAUGCCCUGGAAGACGGGCACCAUCGCCUGUACCUGUGAGUAAGGAAUACCAGGCCGAUGUACCGACGUCUCCGAUACGUGAGGAGAAAUCGGACUUUGACUUCAUGGACGAAGUAAGUUCACUCAGAUUGCGGGUUCGCAGAGAAGGAGAGGAUACGCUGCGAGGAUCAGCGAAAAAGAAAACAACCUCUUUCGAUGGUAUCCUUUCUAAUAUGAUCAGGCAUAAAAGAAUAGAACAGCUGGAGAAACAAGCCAGCACUCCUGCUGCUAAUACACCAUCUAGUAGUGCUAGUUGAUAAUUUAAAGGAAAUUGCUUUGGGUUUAUUGUUUUUAUGAUAUGAGUGUCUUCUCUAAAAUUACCUAGGAAGAAAAGGGAGAAACUUUAGUCACUUACAAAAUAAGAUAAAUGUUCCUCCUUUGAUUCUGUUUUUCUUGUCUUUACAAUUAGAAAGUAAUGGAUAAAUUAGAUUUUAUAUGUUUUGUUUCUAAAAGCAAUAAAAAAUCAUGAAUCAUGCUCAGUAGUGUCUAAUGAUUUUUUAUUUCUUGUGAGAGGCCUUACUCACAUAAAUUAUACUUUUGGACACACUUAAAUAUAUAUGUGUACACUGCCCUAGCCACAUAUUGAAGGGUUAAAAAGCAAGGGUUACACCUCAUCAUAAGUGCCCACAGCAUUAACAUGAGCUGAAAAUAAUUUGCUAAUAACAUUCAAAUAAUUCUGAUUAUAUUAGUUAUUAAUUUAACUGUACCAUUAUUUGAAGCUCAUAUAUUUAAGUCAAGCUUCAAAUAAGGUAAGUAAAUAAAUAGUGGUUGAAUUGUUAGGUAAAAUGGUUGUAAUAAGUUUUAUCAAAAUUGAAAUAAAAUAAUAGUAUUCUACAUAAUUCUUAUAUAUGGCUAAUGGUGCAUUGCCACAGUGUGUCAGCAUAUAAGCAGGCAUUUCAGAAAAUUGCAUCUAAAAUAACUUAUUGUUAUUGAUGAAACUCUUUUUAAACUGAUUACUUACAUAUUUCUUAAAUGCCAUUUAAUUUGUUUCACAUAUUAUUGAAAUGAUAAUUAAACAGAAAGGUUUAGGUUAAAGAAGUAAGUUACACAUUAAACAAUUAUUAUUUUUGUAUAAAAGUUGUCUUU